AUUUACCCGAAGAGGCUUUGCUCCGAACCCGUACAAUAUGGGUGGAUGUACCCAGUUGAAAGGAGAUUGUAUACUUUAAAGCGAUAUGUGAGGAAUAGGGCACGUCCAGAAGGUUCAAUUGCUGAGUCAUACAUUGCCGAUGAAUGCCUGACAUUUUGCUCCAAGGUACAUGGAUGAUUCUGAAAUUAUAUUAAAUCGAGAAGCAAGAAAUAUAGGUUUCUCAGAUGAAGAAGCUUAUGGUGUUGAUGUUUUUGGGCAUGGAGUAAAUUUUACUUCAGGAUAUGAAUAUCAAUAUGUUAACGAGAAAAAAUAAUUUGAUCAGAUGAUGUGGUAUGUGUUGAACAAUUGUGGGCAAGCUCAGAAAUAUAUCGAAAUGUUCAGAGAUGGGUUAAACAGAAAAGGGGUGCCAAAUGUUGAUAAAGAGCUUCGGAAAGAAUUUCAGACAUGUUUCAAGAACUAUAUGAUGAGGCUGCGGAUGAGCAUAGUGAAGAGGUAGACGAAGAUGUCUUUGCCUUGGCAUGCGGUCCUGAUCGGAGAGUCAGGAAAUACUCAUCGUGCAUAGUGAAUGGCAUUAGAUAUAGCACUGUUGACCGUGAUAGCAACAAGAGAUUGCAGAACAGUGGAGUCAUGGCCGAAGGUGAACAUAACGGUCAGGUCAUAGAUUUUUAUGGAACCUUGAAAGAGAUCAUUCAGUUGGACUACAACUUGGAUGACAGGUCAGUUGUUCUGUUUAAAUGUGACUGGUUUAAACUUGAUGGCAAGAAUACUGGGCUACGAAAUGAUCGUUUUUUUAAAAGCAUCAAUGUUGGAAGUUUAUGGUACAAGGACGAUUCUCUCAUUCUGGCUACUCGGGCUACAAAGGUCUUUUAUUUGCCAGACAUGAAGUAUGGGAAAAAUUGGCAAGUUGUGCAAACGUUUGAUCAUAGGCAUCUCUUCAAUAUUAGUGAAAAUGAGGGUGCACCUUUUGCUGGUCCUGCAUAUCAAGAGGAGGAGAGCUGUGAUGAGGCGAGGUAGGAGAACGUCGGUUUCUGACCUUACAUCUGAGAAGCCUUUGCAUAGAGACAAUGAGCAAGGCAUUAUUUUUGAAGCUGAUGUAGUUGCACGCUUGAUGAAAGAAAAAAGCACAGAAGUGUAUGAAGGUGGCAAUGAAGACGAAGAUGAUACAGGUCUGGAGUAUUGCAGCGAAGACGAAGGAGGUGGCAUGAUGGAUGUCGACAGCGAUGACGAGUAGAACUAACUGAUUUUGUGUCAGACUUCGGGGAAACUGACUUGCUGAAACAUACAGCAUGCCAUUUUUAUCAUCAUAGUAUGUUGUGUUUUUUUGUACUCUCGUGAUUAUGGAACAAUGUUGUUAGAAGAACUCACAGAGAGAUUUUCUGUUGGUCCUCGCUGGAUGUUGUUAUUCAGGGGCAAGUGUGUGCACUUUUGUGUUACUGAAAGAUAUUGCUAUAUUUGCCUACUGAUAUUUACUCUUGCCUAGUGCUGUUUACUGCAA